UUUCUUUCUUUCUUUCUUUCUUUCUUUCUUUUUGAUUAUUAUUUUUUUUUAAAAAAAAAAAUUCAAUGAUGGAAUUUAAUCCACUGAUCUUUCUAUGGAUCGGUGCAGCUUUUUUAUGUGUUGUGUUUUUUCUCUAUAUUCGAAGACGGAAACAAAUGUUGUCCAAUACGCCUAGAAGAGGUAAAUAUUCUAUUUAGAAAAAAUAAAAAAAGGAAUCAUUUUCUAUUCAUACUAACUUCUUUUUUUUUUUUUAAUAGAUGAAGUUCGUCGACCUCCGUUAGUCAACCAUCAUGUUAUCAAUAUCCCGCCAUCAUCAUCAUCACGAUAUCAUGGUCAAGAGUAUCCAUAUUCAUCCAACUAUCAACCAUAUGAACAACCUCCGCCUCCAUUCAAACCAGAACAAGAUAUCACUGCUCCUCCUCCAGCUUACAAUGAACAUAAAAGAGAUACUCGAAUACCACCCAACAAUGUGUAAACGACAACGAAUUUUUUAUUUUUAUUCUCUUUGUCUUCCCAUUUUUCCCUUUUAUUCCAUAUCAUCAUAUCUUUCUUGUAUUCUUCCUAUUUUAUGUACUAUAGUUAUUUUUUUUAGUAUUAUUCUUUCUUUUUUUUAAAAAAAAACUUUUUGUAUAUAUUCAAACACAAUUUUUAUUAUUCAUAUCCUAUUGAAUCAAUAUAUAAAUAAAUAAAC